UGGCGUUGUUCCGUCAGCUGGCGCAGGCCUACGGAUUCCCGGCUGUCCCCGCGGCCGGGGAAGGUCAGCGCAGUCAUGGCGUUAUCGGUGUCGGGGGUCUACCUGACCCAUCAGCAGAAGGUGUUGCGGCUUUAUAAGCGGGUGCUGCGCCACCUGGAGUCGUGGUGCGUCCACAGAGACAAAUACCGAUACUUUGCUUGUUUGAUGAGAGCCCGGUUUGAAGAACAUAAGAAUGAAAAGGAUAUGAUGAAGGCCACCCAGCUGCUGAAGGAGGCUGAGGAAGAAUUCUGGUACUAUCAGCAUCCACAGCCGUACAUCUUCCCUGACUCUCCUGGGGGCACCUCCUAUGAGAGAUACGAUUGCUACAAGGUCCCAGAAUGGUGCUUAGAUGACUGGCAUCCUUCUGAGAAGGCAAUGUAUCCUGAUUACUUUGCCAAGAGAGAACAGUGGAAGAAACUGCGGGUUAAGCAGCUGCAGGAGGAAACGCCACCUGGUGGUCCUUUAACUGAAGCUUUGCCCCCUGCCCGAAAGGAAGGUGAUUUGCCCCCACUGUGGUGGGAUAUUGUGACCAGACCCCGGGAGCGGCCCACAUAGAGAGAGACCCCUCAUCUUUCAUACUUGCAAGUGAAAUACGUUACACAACAUGCACUUGCCCUAAUAAAAAAAUCAAUGAAAUGGUCUCUGG